AUGGAAAAUAGGGAGGACUAUUUUGUGAACUUGAUGAAUGAGAGCAACAAUGUUGAUGAUCUUGAACUGUGUAGUCCAAUUGGGGAGCAAGAGUUCCCGAUUGAACAUGCAUCUCCCCCUGUUAGAAAGAGUCAAAAAAGAUCAGCCAAUUACAGUGAGAAGGAAGAUGAGGCGUUGGUGUUGGCAUGGCAAAAUAUUAGUCUAGAUGCAGUCCAUGGCAACGAGCAAUCUCGUGCAACUUAUUGGAGAGAAUUCAUGCUUACUUCAAUGAGCACAAAGAGUAUUGUGCAGGCAUGUGCUUUGUACAAAGAAAAAGACAAGCAACAUAGGUCCUUCCAAAUGUUGCAUUGUUGGAAUUUGUUGAAGCACAAUGAAAAGUGGAUUAGUAGGGUAGUUGAGAUGAAUGCAAAGAAACAAAAGACAACUGCCAAGUUAUCUCCUAGUACAUCUUCUCCUAGUACCAACUCAAAUAGUUGCGAAGGCCAUCAUGAUGCACUAGAUCUUGAGAAUGAGACUGUGACUAUGAGAAGACCAACUGGCAGGAAAUCGGAGAAAGAAAAAUUACGGCGAGGUGGUGAUAACUUGUACAAGGAAGCUCUAGAUAAUUUGUGGGCAAAGAAGGAAGAGGCAGAGGCCGUGAAAGAGAAGAAAAAAGAAGAGCGCUAUGAACGAGCAUAUGCGCUAGAACAAGAGAGGUUGGCAAUUGAGGGGAGAGCCUAUGAACUUGAUAAAGAGAAGGUUGCAAUUGAGGCAAAAAAAUUUAAGGUAAAAAGCCAAGCGAUAGAACUCAAGAGAAUUAAGGAGGAAGAGAGAAUUAUGUUUAUGGAUCUUAGUGGCAUGAGUGAGGCACAAAAACAAUACUACAUGAGCUUGCAGAAUGAGAUCCUAACUCGACGAGCCUGUACCUCUAGUUGA